AUGUUGCUGAGAGACUCGUCCAGAGAUAGAUCGCCUACAAUUGACGCCCCGACGCACGCACAGUCCAAGAGACACCUCUCUGAGCGUUUUAAGGCCAAGCGGCAGAGAUUGUUUGCCCCUGGCGGCGCCGCUGAGGCUACUGGCUUCACUUGGUUUGCCUUCUUUCUCGCUUUUGCCGGAAAUAAAGGCUCAGGCAGCGCUGCUCCCAAAAUUGCCAAACCUAACAAGCGCAACCUAUUCAUCCUCGAGAGGCUCCCAAAAGAUACACAAACUGAAAUUGUAUCCUUACUUUAUGUCGUCGCAGUGUGCCGGUUGUGUCAUGUUGCUACCGACCGUGAUUUAUUGAAGGUUAUUGGAAAACGCUUUAAGAAGCUUAUGGUGGAGGUGACGCCGAACGCGAUCCUCGCCGACGACCCCACCAUGAUCGGCUUUGAGGCGGAGGCGUUGCUCCCGCUGUGGUGCCACGUCCACGUCAGGGCGUCUGUGGGUUUAUGGGAGCUUACAAAGGGGUACCUCCUGCAAAUGAAGUUUGCCCUGUUGAGGAUUUCGGUGUAUGACGAGUCUCAAGUUGGCUAUAAGGUGUUUGAUCUUAAGUGA